CCUAGCUUACAGUGAACUAACGUUCUAGACUAAGCUCCACAAUGAUAGCCAAGGUGAUCCUCACUUGUGCGCUGAUCAGCAUGGCGCGUGGGCUGAUCGCGGCCCCGCACGGCGCGCUAUCCUCCUCGAGCCUCGUGCUAGGAGGCCUGGGUCAUGGACUGGCUGCCCCGGCCCUGGGAUUGGGAUAUGGACACGGCGGGGUGGUCGCCCACGGGGCGCCGUUGCUGCGCGCGCCGAUCGGUCUGGCGCACGCCGCAGCCCCUGUUGAGAUUUAUGCCCACCCCCGCUACACAUUCAACUACGGAGUCGCUGACGGCCACACGGGCGAUCAAAAGAGUCAGUGGGAGUCCCGCGACGGCGACGUGGUGAAGGGACAGUACUCGCUGGUGGAGCCUGAUGGCACCGUCCGUACUGUCAACUACUCUGCCGAUGACCAUAAUGGAUUCAACGCAGUGGUGAGCAGACAAGGGCACGCCGCGCAUCCCGCCGUGCACGCCGCGCCCGCAGUGCUCGCCGCCCCCGCAUACGGACACGGCCUCCUCCACGGAUACAAAGUGAAUAUUCAUAUCACUCAUUUGCUAGGUUCAGAACUUAACGCAAGCAACAUGUUCAACAAAAUCGUCAUCCUCGCGGCGGCGUUGGCGGCAGCAUGUGCCCAACAACACGGACACGGCCAGGAACAACACGGUCACGCCAUCUCUUCUCAAUCCUUCGUGAUCCACCAAGUGCACCACGAGCAAAAGCAUGCCCCUGUACACGCACCCCAUCACGAGCAAGUCGUGGCUGUACAUCAUGCUGCCCCCGUGCACCAUGUUGUCCCAGUCCAUGUUGUCCCAGUCCAUGCUGCUCCCGCUCACCAUGAACACAAAGAGGAACAUCAUGAUUACUAUGCUCACCCCAAAUACGAGUUCUCCUACAAGGUGGAGGACCCCCACACCGGUGACCGCAAGUCCCAGCACGAGUCUCGCGAUGGCGAUGUCGUGAAGGGCGUCUACAGCCUGCACGAGGCUGACGGAUCCGUCCGCACUGUCGAAUACAACUCUGACAAGCACACCGGUUUCAAUGCGUACGUGAAACACUCUGAGCCCAUCAAGCACGUCCAGCCCCAGCAUCAUCAUCAUCAUUAAUUAUUCUAAUGACUCUUUCUAUUGGUCCAGUGAUUGUUAUAUUGUUAAACUUGUUGAAUAAAUACCCUAGUCCUCAAAACCUCUU